UUAUACAAUUUUACACGAGAACAUAUUGUAACUUCAUGCGUUAGACAAAAUGCAUUCAGAAGAAUGGCAUAUCGAUGCACAAUUGUUACUUAUUAUGCCAAAAUACAUAAGAAAAAUGUUAUAGGCUCUAAAAACUCUUUUUUUUAAAGAUUGCAAAUUUAUUGUGAUUUGUUCUAAAUUUUUGUUAAAUAAAUUACGAAUCGUUUCUAUCAGGACUUUCAUUCGAUUGUAGAAUGGAUGUAAGCUCGUUGGUCCCGGCGGGACUUCAAGCAGGGCAAACAGAUGAGUGCGAGGUUCAGGCGGGAUACAAUAAGUUUUCGGAAAAUUUGCGAAGAUUGACACCACAGGCUAUACAGUGCGCCAUUUUUUGCGGCGGGUCCAGAUGCAAGUAUGAGAAUCCAAAAGCCUGGCCGGCUGUCCACAUGGCAAUACAGAACAUCUUUUCGCAUUGGGUAACUGACGAUGUCCUUGCGAUGGCACGACCUAAUACCGCGCAGAUAAUAAAGAAAGAUAUAAUUGCCCAAUUUCAAGGGUGGAGUAUAAAAACCAUAAUCAAUCUGCAAACACCUGGCGAACAUGCGAGUUGCGGUGGUCCGCUAGAAGAGAGUGGCUUUACAUAUGAUCCCAACGUUUUUAUGAAAAAUAACAUUUAUUAUUAUAAUUUCGCCCUAAAGGAUUAUGGUAGCGCCACGGUGGGGAAACUUUUGGAUAUGGUCAAGGUUGUGGCCUUCGCCGUGCAAGAAGGAAGAGUGGCCAUUCACUGUCAUGCCGGUCUCGGCAGAACCGGCGUUUUGAUAGCGUGCUACCUUAUUUACAGUCUUCGUGUAAGGGCGAACGAUGCCAUUAGAUUUGUCCGCAUGAAGCGUCCCUCCGCUAUACAAACGCGCGGGCAAAUAAUUUGCAUUCAGGAGUUCGAGCACGUCGUGCUUCCGCAAAUGAUAGUAUUCCCUUUGCACAGUACGACGGGAGAUCGCAAGCCCUAUAGCCUUCAAACGUACCUGAAAAAGCAAUACAACAUGCUACACGGAUAUGAACAGCGCACCUUCAAGCAUAUUCCAAAAAUCGUUUUUAUUAUUUGCGAGCGGAUACUGCAGCUCUGCGAUUGUCAGGAAGACAAUUCGCCUUCCGAGAUUUCAUACACGGUUUCCAACGUGCCUUUUACGCAAAAGUUUAUCUGCCACGUAUUGGAGAAAUUCCGUGACGGCAAGGGUAAUAUGCGGCACUCCUAUUCGUGGGCGGAAUCCCUUACGGACUCCUACGAAUUCUCAACUUCCACAAAAGCGUGCAGUAGUAGUCAAGGAUCGUCCCGAGAUACCUGCGACGAUAUAGGAAGGUUGAGCGACGUAUUUUGCAUGUCACCGGAUACUCCUUCCUGUGACUCCGCGUUUCCAGCUCUAGACGACAGUUGCGUGGAUGAUGUCCUGGGCGAUGGUAUUCACGAUCAGGAUCUGCUCGAUAACGACUGUUACAAGGAGAUUCAGUCGCACAUGGACUUAAGAAGCGUCUCCCGCAAUGAUUACGAAACAGUGACGGCCGAAGAAGCUAUCAAAGCGCUCAUCCAAAAUAACGCCUCACUUCCCGAUCCGAUAAAGAAACGUUUGCAGGAGUAUCAGAGUGACUUGAAUCAUCGAUGUACCGCCUGGCAGCGAUUAGAAUUGGAAACUAAUUUGGAAUUAUUAUCAACAUUGCUGUUCGAAUGGUUGGAAGGUCUCAAGCAUCCCCUUCUUGACGUUGACAGCCUCAGUUACAUUGUCGUGUGGAGUUCCAAGCCGCAGCGAUGCCUUGGAAAGCUAUCCGUCUACACAAGAUACUUAUUAGAAUAUCUUUUGCGGUUCAUUACUCGCUUGAGGCCUGUGACAACUGAGAGCCAGAGUUUAAUUACCAAAAGACUAAUGGCGGCACUGACGCAGCAAACAAUUUGGAUCAAACAUUGUUUCCAUCCUCCAAAGAAGCAUUUCCACAAACUGCGACGCGGCACCGCCGGUAAGCUCAACGAAUUCUUCAUUCGCCUGAUGAACUUGAUAGAGGAAGUUAACACUCAGGGACUGGACAAGCCUCCAUGGGCGUCGAAAUGGGAACUAUUAUCUAAUCACUUGCGGGAUAUAGACAGUCAGAAGAACGACGGAUGAGUGUGACAAGUUUACAGUUUAUAGCAUUUCGACGAAUUUGUUUCUAUUUGCCAACGAUAUAGAUAGGCAUCUAAUUUUUUAUUCUUCACCAGCAGUGAAAAACGUCUUGUCUGUAAUAGCAGCUGCAGGUAAAUCGUCUAAGCCAGGAUUCAACACACUAAGAAUAAGUUAAAAGAUGACUUUUAUAAUGAUAUAAAAUAGAGAAUAGUGGAGAAUACAUUUGUUACCGUACAUCUUAUACAUUAAUAUUAAAAAUUAUUAUUGCUGUGCCUGCGAAAUGAUUUAACAAACGCGCACUGCGUACGAUUUGUAAUCGAGCACUAUGUUAUUCUUUCAAAGAAAAAUUAGACAAAAUCGACUUUUCCAAUAUUAGCAUCAGCGACUACCAUGGAUUUAGCUUGCUUAAAAUUUGAGACUUAUGUAUCAUAGUGUUUACAGAUCCAACUUACGAUCAACUCUGAAUGUUAACUACGAUUCUAUAAAUUUACAAUAAUUAUUUUUACAAUGAAAUAUUCCAUUUGAUUUGAUUUUUUAAUAGAAUCUUAACGU